AUGGAGGAUUCUUUUGAAGUAAACUAAGAAUCAGAGGAUAUGUCUUAAGAAUCGAUUUAAGAUGAAGAUGAUUUUAUUGAAAGAGUAAAUUAGUUAAAGAAAAUUGUGCCAAAUAAAUAAGAAGAUAAUCAAAUAAUUGAAGAAGGAAUAAAUGAUGAUUUAUUAGAAUUAUAGGAAAAACUUUAAAGGAAAUAAUAAAAAAAGAUUGAGUAAAAACCAAAAUUAAAAAGUUAUGUUCCAGUGAAUUAAAUACGAACAGCAAUCAUUAUACAUUUAUUUAAGUUAUUUUAAGAUCAUAAAACUUUGAAUAACAAAUAAUAAUUUGCGUUUAAAUUGUCAAACUUUUCAUUUACAAAUAUAGAGUUGAUAGAGAAUAGAUUAAAUUAAGCAACAAAUUUAUAAGAAUAAAUUUAUGCAGUUUUUUAAGGUUUUGCUUUGACUUUUUAAUUAAAAAAUUAAUUUUCUAAGGAACACUAAAUUACAUAAUUAAGUCCCUCUUAAUAUAUUAUAACAUUUGGUUAAUUAUGUAAGUAUUAUGGGUUGAAUUUAAGAUUAGUAAGAGCAUUUGAUAUAGGGUUUUUAGGUUUAGAAUUAAAAUUUAAGAUUCGUACAUUAAAAAAAACAGAUUAAGAAAUCGAUGAAGUGGAAUAAACAAAAACUAUAUUUGAUCUUAAUUCCUAAUAUUUGACUUAGUCGGAAAUAGUUGAAUCUUUAAAUGAAUUUGUUUUUAAGAAAUCUAAUGUAAAAGAUAAAGGAUUGAGAGUUUCCCAAGAUUUAUAAAGAGAAUCUUAAACGAUGAAUAGCAGUAGUUUGAUAGAUUUUUAGUAGGAACCAAAAAAACAGAAAAAAAAAGAUAAUAAAAAAUAACAAAAUGAAAGAUAAGUUAAUUAGGAGAUUUAAACAUAAAAUUAGAAUAUUUGGCUUGAAUUUUAUGAUUCUGACUAAAAUUAAUGGAUUCCAUUUGAUCCAAUUUCAGAUAAGCUUGUUUUAAUGAAUAGUAACAUUUUAAAAAGUAAACUUCAUAAUAGUUUCAGUCAUUUUAUUAUUGCAGCUUAAGACUUAACCUUUAAAGAUUAUAAUUUUAAUUCUAACAGAUUAUUUGAAAAUACUCAUUUUGUUGAUGUCACAUAAAAAUAUUCAUAAAAUUUUUAAACACAAAGAUACUUAUUGUCUCUUGAAAGAUGGUUUAAUCAAUUGGCUUAAAAAACAAGUAUUUAAAUAAAUAUUUUAGAAUUAAUCUAUAAAGGACUUUAAUCAUUAGUGAAUGAACCUAUUAAUGCAGAUAUGAUUGUACCAUCUCCUGGAGUUUAUGGAAAUGAAAAAGACUUUAAAUAUAGUUAAUAUUACACUCUAGCAUCUUAAUUAUCUUAAUAUUAGAUGAUCCAUCCUGAUGCAAAACCCACUGGAAUGAAAUUUAAAGAUGAAGAUAUUUAUUUAUAAAGUGAUGUAAUAAUUCUUCAUUCACGAGAUAAAUGGAGAGGUUAUCUAAGAGAAGUUAAACUUGAUUCUAAACCAAUCAAAGAAGUCAGUUCAAAGUUUGAUAAGACAAAAACUACUGCAUUAUAUGCUUUUUGGUAAACAAAUGAUCUUAAGGUCAGCUUGGAAGAAAAUCACGGAAAAUUACCAGCUAAUUUCUAUGGAAAUUAUGAAGUAAAUAAUUUAGACAAAUAAAUUAAUAGACAUUUUCUUUUCCUCCUCCAAAAGGAACUUGUCUAAUAAGAUUACAAGGAAUAAAACAUUUGUUAGCUAAAAAUAAUUACUAAUUUAUUGAGGCAGUAGAUGGAUUUGAUUCUUAAAAUGGAAGAAUGUUUGCUUAAAAAUGUGGUUAUUUGAUUUUUAAUGAGGAUUAUGAAAAUAUUAUGUCCCUUUAUUAAUAGUUCCAAAUUGAAAUUGCUGAAAAGAAUAAAAUAAAUAAAAGAAAAGAACUACUUAAAUUAUGGAGUGAUUUAUUUAAAACUAUUCUAUUAAAAAGAGAUUUAUAAAGAAAGUAUUAAAAUUGA